AUGUCGACUGAAGAAAAACGUGAAAAUGAUUCAUACAUGCCAGAAGAUACAAAAUAUAAGAUAUUAGAAAGAAGAAUUGUUAGAAAAUGUGAUCUUUACAUGCUGCCCGUAUCAGCUCAGUUUAUGGGUUAUAUCAUAUUCGAUGUCCCUUCAACCUUGGUAACGAAUAUUUUAGGGUUCCAUGUUUGGAUUCCAAUCUUAAUGGUGUGUUGGGCAGUAACAUCUAUGAGCCAAGCUGCAUGUACAAAUGUUAUUCAGUUAGGCAUUGUUAGAUUUCUUCUAGGAUCGUUUGAAGCAGCGUUUCCUCCAUGUGUAACAGGAUAUAUUGGUUUAUUUUAUGCCAGAAAAGAAUUAACUUUAAGGUAUUCCAUCCAAAUGGUUAUAACCAUCAUUGCUGGUGCACUUAGUGGGUUCGCAUCGUAUUUCAUACUCCAAAUAUCUGGAACUUCAUUAAGUGGUUUCCAAUGGUUAUUUAUAAUUGGAGGCAUCCCAACAUUGAUUCUAGCCUUAAUUACUGCCAUAUUUAUAACUCGUGGUCCAGAAGAUGCCCGUUUCUUUACACCUGAGGAACGUGAAUUCGCAGUUGAACGUCUAAAAUCAGAGGGUGGCCCAACUAAAAUAAUUGAUCGUAACCUUGCCAAAGCCCAAUUCAAACUUGCGUUUUCUGAUAUCCAAACUUACUUUUACUUAAUAAUAGUUUUAAUUAGCGCAAUUCCAAAUUUUGCUCUUAAUUUCAAUCUUCCAACUUUAGUUAACCAACUUGGCUAUGAUAAUUUACAGGCUCAAUUAAUGGUCAUACCACCGAUUCUUGUUGCAACAGUAUUUACAAUCUUUAAUGCUUGGUGUUCUGAUAAGUAUCAGACAAGAACCUGGAACAUAUUAGCUGCGUAUUCUGUCUCCUUCAUUGGAUUAGUGGGACUGAUAGCAACGCACGCCAAUGAUCCUACCGGUCAAUAUAAACGCAGCACGACCCUCGCAGUAAUAUUCGUUUCUGCUCAGGUUGGAGGUAUUAUCGGGAUUCUAGUUUUCCCAGCUUCUGAUGCUCCAUCAUUCCUCAUGGGAAACAUCAAACGUGAUUUGAAUAUAUUAGCUAAUCAUAAGUUAAAUGAUAGCGAUCUAAAGGAUAAUAAAGGGAUUAGAGAGAUUGCUAUGAAGUUGGUGGAAAAUGAACCAAAGUUUGAUGAAGUGUUAUGUGAUAAACAUCCUAAUUGGAGGUAUAUUAUUUGA